GGGCCCUGCUUCACAGUUUGUUAUGAAAAGUCGAGGCCUCGGUGUAAAUUAGUAGCACGGCCGCCCCUGUCUUCACCCCAGGCUUCUCUGUCAUGGAGGGCAUGGACCUGGACCUGGACCUGGACCAGGAGCUCAUGCAGAAAUUCAGCUGCAUGGGCACAACAGAUAAAGACAUUUUAAUAUCGGAAUUUCAGAGGCUCCUUGGGUUCCAGCUGAACCCCGCCGGAUGCGCCUUCUUCUUGGACAUGACCAACUGGAACCUACAGGCUGCCAUAGGAGCUUACUAUGACUUUGAAAGCCCGAAUUUCAGCGCACCUUGCAUGUCCUUUGUGAAGGAUGUGACAAUCGGCGAGGGUGAAUCUGUACCACCUGACACACCAUUUACAAAGACUUGGAGAAUACAGAACACAGGUGCAGAGUCAUGGCCGCCUGGGGUUUCUCUGAAGUAUGUGGGAGGUGAUCAGUUUGGUCACGUGAACAUGGUAAUGGUGCGCUCUUUAGACCCCCAGGAAAUGACUGAUGUCAGCGUGCAGAUGCAUAGCCCUGUCUCUCCUGGCAUGUACCAGGGUCAGUGGAGAAUGUGCACAGCUACAGGACUUUACUACGGAGAUGUCAUUUGGGUUAUCCUGAGCGUAGAGGUCGGAGGCCUCCUUGGAGUCACACAGCAGCUCUCCUCUUUCCAAGCCGAGUUCAACACCCAGCCUCACCGCAGCCUAGAAGGAGACUACAACCCCUUUGCCUCGCCACAGAAGAGCAAGUGUCCCAACAGUAACAACAACCACGUCCACAGCGACAGCAGCAGUAGUGUCACAGAGGAACAUUUGCAGGGAAACCCAAACCAGCUGCAGCAAGGCCAGAAUGGACUUUCACACAGCUCUGUGGAUAUAGUAGCAAACCGUCUCCAAAGCAGUCUAUCAGUAGUCCCUUGUAACCAGAUACAGGAGCCCUCUCCUUUUGGGCACUCUUAAUCCCAGGACUUAUCACUGUAUUGCAGCACUAAGUUGAACCUCUGGAAUUUCUCACACCUACAAACUUGGAGGCUUUAUUUUGGAGUGUGGCGGUCAAAACACUUUAUGCAAAGUCUAAUUACACUUAAACAAAACAAAACAAAAAAACAGCCAGAGGCCAACGCUUCUGAUGUGCAGCUGAACCAACAUCCCACUAUAUGCACGUGUGAAUGCUAAGUUAAAAAAAAACUGAGUGCUAUGAGUCAUGAGUGAUAAGUUUCUUUUACUUUAAAGAUUUCCUUUUUUUUUUUUGUUGACAAGGAUGCACAUGGACAAAGGUGAAAGUAGGGGGUGUUUGAGAGCCUUUUUGUGAAUAUGUGCGUGCAUUGAGCAGCCUGCAAAAGAGACAUUAAAGCCAUUAAUUUUGCCAACUGAUUCUACAGUUACUGCUCCUUUAGUUUGUUUCAAUGAAUUUUGGAUCCACUGGCCUGUAUAUCACUAAAGGGUAUGGUAAAGGCUACCCUGAAACACAGUUUCAGGUUAGAUGUGAGUCAGCGUAAUAUUUUUUACCUCAUGAAUCUUGGAAAAUUGACAUUUUUUUUCUACCUUGUCACGCUGCCUGGAUUUUAAAAAGCUACAAUUUUUUUUUUUUUUUUUUUGCUUUAGUCAGUUAGGUUUUCAUAACUAACUAGAAAAGUAUAGAUUUGGAAAUAUGGAGUUAAAUCUGAUUGGAUUAAGUUUAUUCAUAUAUCUGUGGAAUGGGUGCUUUUAUUGUUUAAAAUGGAAUAUCAUUAGAUAAAAUUCUCUGUGUUUUAUCCGGUCAUUAUGUGAGUUGGUGUUAAAUUGUAAGCCCUAAUUUCUUUUUCUCCAGAAUCAUCCACUUUAACCUUUCACCAAGCUUUAGACUGGCCCCGAAUUCACAGUGCUGACGAAAAGCAAAAGAUGGGUACAUAAAGGGAGCAUUUUGGUAUUGAAAAGUUGUUUAUGAAUUAUAUGUUUCCAGGCUAAGAUAUAUUUUAAAGUAUCUAAUCAUGUGAGGCAUGAUUGGAUAGCAAAUGAUUAUUUAAAAACGAACCAGAGUAGCUUGAUUAUUGCUGUAAAGACCCAACCACUGAAUCCAAUUAUCAUUUAAGAAAUAUUAUGUGCCCACAUUAUACCAAACCAAAAUGUUUUAAUUUGUGUUUGACUUUUAUACAAUUAGGUUGAAUGUAUUUCAUGAAUGUAGACAGGAAUAAGCCGUUUGGCAAUGUUUUAUUUUACCCAAAGAAUCUGCAUUAUCUUUGACCUAAACUGGUAGUUUGAAGUGUUUCUGUUUUUUUUUUUUUUGUCCUGUCUUUUGUCUUUAUUAUAUUUUUGACAUUAUUCAUUGAGUUGUAUUGAACUAACUAGAGAUGCACCAAUGGCCUGGCUACAUGUAGGAUUUGGACCCUUUUUUUGUUAAUUGGCUCUGAUCGGUCUUUGGGCAUUAAAAUAAAAAAAAAAAAAAAUCAUUAAAUGCAUCAAACCCCCU